AUGCUUUUGUUUACAAAAGUCCUCUUAUUGCUGGGGACAGUCAAAUGUCAGACCAAAAACUUGGCGAGUUUAGUUGGCUCUGGUGGCAACUUUUUCUUCGACAAACCGAAGCCCAAGCCAAAGCCUGUUGGUGAGUUUGAAGUACAGAAGAGUCUGGGGACAAUUACUGGUCUAAGAUGCAAACCCUUGGCACAACCUCCUGGUACUCGAAUGAUGUGUUCAAAGGGAAUUUCUGAAGAUUCAAUUUGUACAGUUAUUUGUGACGAGAUCAAAUCUGGUUUCGGCAUGGGAAGCCAGGUUUGCGCUUGUGCGAAGAUGUUCAAAGGACCCGUGAUGAUUCCUCUUGGGUGCAGUUGGAAAGGAGCGAUGCCCGACUGUGUUGUCCCAGAAGAAGAGCCAGUUGCCAAUGCUCUCGCGGGAAGAAGCUUGCAUAAGGCACCAACAACUCAAGUUGCAAACACCACGACAGAAGAAUACGUUAUUCUUCAUGAUAUUGAAGUAAACUAUACUUCUACAUCUCCAGCUCCCAGCACACAAUACGCAGCUGAAUUUGAUUGGGCUGAAACAACAGAAUCACCUUACAGCAUAAUUUACGAAUUGGAAGAAGAAACAUCCUCCACUGCACCACCAACAACUGAAUCGAUCGUUUCCUCAACAGAAUCAUUUAUAGAGCUGGAGACAGAAGCACCUAUCAACUGGGCUCGAAGAAUCAAGGGAAAUAAAAAAGACUGGCAAGCAUUCUUAGAUGGAACUUCCACAACUGCGCAAUCAACGACUACUGAAUUUGCCACAACAACAAUCCCCGCAUCCACGAGUAUCUAUACUACUGUGACGACAGAAGCCCCAGCCACAGCUCGAAAUCCAAAUCGUUUCAAAAACGAGUUCAACACAAAUACUGGUUUGGAUCGAAAUUCAGCAGAUCGGGACUCGAUUCAUAAGAAAAUUGAUAAGCCUGCUUGGGCAGAGAAGCUCAUUGUUCCAGAAACACGUCCUCUUCUUGAACGACCGAUCAACAACGAGCGUGUUGAAAAGUUCAAAGAUUAUGAUGACUACAGUGCAAAGCCAAUUCCACCUGGAACAGUUGCUAUGGCGGUCAAAGAAGUGAUGGAGCCAGAAACAGCGUCAUUGCCUGUUGAUGAACCUCUUGUUGUUCAGUCUGAAGAUAAGUCUGCCAUCACUUUCUAUCCGUCGUUGCUAAAAGAGACCUUCAAUCAGCUCCCUGGAUUGAGCAAACUGGAAGUUUCGCAGCUCCUCAACAAAUUUUUGACAGAAUACAAGGAAAUUAUCCAUGACGAUGUGGCCACAACUGAGGAGCCAGUCAAAACCACAACGGAAAUUUAUACCACAGACUACACGAGCGCGAUGACGACCAAAGGUGUUAUCAAUCCUUUCAAAGGUUGCCCGAAUUUGAUCCCACCGGAAGAUGGAUUCUUACAGUAUUCGGAUGGACUCAAUAGUGGCUCUAUCGUGACUUACCUCUGUAGCAAGGGUUUUGAAAUCAAGCAGAAAGGAGCUGAGCGAAAGUGCUUAUGUGAUAAUAACGAGUGCGUCUGGUCAAAGAAGCCACGCGACUGCGAAAGAAAAGUCGGUGGUGGCACUGGAAUCAGCGCUAGCGAGCGAGAACAGCGUCGCGAAGAGAAACGAAAACAACGAAUUGAACAGAGAGAAAGGGAGAAAAUGGCCAGAGAUUCUUUCAGUAGGAAGACGAAGAAACAAUCAAAGAAGCAAGCGUCGGCACCGUCAAGUACUUCUUGGGCUCGAUCACUUGGUGGCGCAAGUAUCGAUACCAGCGGAGAAUUCUUCAAUAACUUGUUUGUCGAAGAAAAUGAUUUCUACAAAGAACAGACAUAUCAUCACACUCCGACUUCUGCCCAAGCGAAAAUGCCUACUUCUGCUAGAUCCACGAAUAUGGUGGAUACGACUUGUGAUCCAUUGAGCUUGGAACACGGGCAGAUCUUCUGCUCGAAUCAUUAUAAUGAUGGGUCUAAGUGCACGCUCAGUUGCUUGCGAGGAUUCAAUUUACAAUUUACCGGUCGAGUAGUCCGGUGCGUUUGCACUCAAACUGGCUGUCAUUGGAACAAACCCCCGCAGAAAUGCGUAUAA